UUUUCCUUACUCAUUCUUCUGCUCAUCCCCUUGUCCCUCAUACAUCUCUCCCAAGCAAGCCCAGAUGGGUCCUCCCAUGGUGCGGCUUCCAACUGCUCGGGUGAAUACAGCUGUAGUGAAGGUGUAGUUCUGCCUGUGUGGAACCCCCAAAACCCCUCUGUGGGCGACAAGGUGGCCCGCGCCAUUGUCUACUUCGUGGCGCUCAUCUACAUGUUCCUGGGCAUGUCCAUCAUCGCUGACCGAUUCAUGUCCUCCAUCGAGGUCAUCACCUCUCAGGAGAAAGAGAUCACUAUCAAGAAGCCCAACGGCGAGACCACCACGGCCACCGUCCGCAUCUGGAAUGAAACCGUGUCCAACCUCACGCUCAUGGCCUUGGGUUCCUCCGCUCCAGAGAUCCUCCUGUCUGUCAUUGAGGUGUGCGGUCACAAGUUUGAGGCCGGUCACCUCGGGCCCAGCACUAUAGUUGGCAGUGCGGCCUUCAACAUGUUCAUCAUCAUCGCUAUAUGUGUCUAUGUUGUGCCAGACGGCGAGGUGCGUAAGAUCAAACACCUGAGGGUGUUUUUUGUCACGGCGGCAUGGAGCAUCUUUGCCUACAUCUGGCUCUACCUGAUCCUCUCUGUCUUCUCGCCUGGUGUGGUGGAAGUUUGGGAGGCUGUCCUUACCUUCCUGUUUUUCCCGCUCUGUGUGGUCCAGGCCUGGAUCGCUGACCGUCGCCUGCUGUUCUACAAGUACGUCCACAAGCGUUACCGUGCCGACAAGAGCCGUGGCAUCAUCAUCGAGACAGAAGGUGAUGGAAUGUUCACUAAGAUGGACAUGGAGAUGGACGGGCAAGGUGCCAAUUCUCAUCAUAAGGAGGUGCUGGAUGGUAUGUUGGCUGGGGUGGAGGAAGGAGGUGGUGGAGGUGGUGGGGGAGAGGAAGAGGAAGCAAGAAGAGAGAUGGCUCGUACGCUGAAGGAGCUGAAACAGCGUCACCCGGAGAAAGACAUGGAGCAGCUGAUCGAAAUGGCCAACUACCAAGUUCUCAUUCAGCAACAGAAGAGCAGGGCUUUCUACCGUAUCCAGGCCACGCGCAUGAUGAUCGGAGCCGGAAACAUUCUGAAGAAACACGCUGCGGACCAGGCCAGGAAGGUGGUGAGUUGCCAUGAAGCCAACGCCCAAGAGGAAGAUCCCCACACCAUCUAUUUGGAGUUCGAGCCCUCACACUACCAGUGCUUUGAAAACUGCGGCUCGCUCAAAAUAUCUGUGAUCCGACGUGGAGGAGACAGCGGCUGCACAGUGAAGGUGGACUACCGUACAGAAGAUGGAACAGCCAACGCAGGUUCAGACUAUGAGUUUGCAGAGGGUACAUUGGUUUUCAAACCGGGUGAAACCGUGAAGGAGCUGACGGUGGGCGUGAUUGACGACGACAUCUUCGAGGAAGACGAGCAUUUCUACGUACACCUCAGUAACCCGCGUGUCGUCCACCGGGCAGAGGUCUCCGUGCUUGACCCAAACGCCGUCGCCCCAGGCAACAGCCUUCUAGGCUCCGCCUCUGUUCCGCCCAAGGCUGCCUUAGGCCCUGCCCACACAGCCACUGUGACCAUCUACGACGACGACCACGCGGGCAUCUUCACGUUCGAGAGCAACUCGAUGCGCGUGAGUGAGAGCAUCGGCAUCAUGCAGGUGAAGGUACAUCGGACGUCAGGGGCACGGGGUAAGGUAGCAGUACCCUACCACACCAUAGAAGGUACAGCUAAAGCCGGCGAAGACUACGAGGAGGUGGCCGGGAAACUUGAGUUCCUCAACGAUGAGACGAUGAAGAUCUUAGAAGUGAAGAUCAUUGAUGAUGAAGAAUACGAAAAGAACAAAACCUUCACCAUCCACCUGGGAGAGCCGGUGCUGCUGGAGAUCGGGCAGAAACAUGGAGACUCUAAUGAUAACAAGCCUGCAGUUGGUGCUGAGGAAGAGGAGGUAGCGAAGAUGGGAUGCCCCAGUCUGGGAGAACACACCAAGCUGGAGGUGGUGAUUGAGGAGUCCUAUGAAUUCAAGAACACUGUGGAUAAGCUGAUAAAGAAGACCAACCUGGCUCUGGUUGUUGGCAGCAGCAGUUGGAGAGAACAGUUUGUCAGUGCAGUAACAGUCAGUGCAGGUGAUGAUGAUGAGGAAGAGAGUGGCGAGGAGCGUCUGCCAUCUUGUUUUGAUUACAUCAUGCACUUUCUGACCGUCUUCUGGAAGGUUCUGUUUGCUUUCGUGCCGCCCACGGAGUACUGGAACGGCUGGGCCUGUUUUAUCGUGUCCAUCUCCCUCAUUGGAGUUCUGACUGCUGUCACUGGUGAUCUGGCUUCACAUUUUGGCUGCACCAUUGGCCUCAAGGACUCAGUCACUGCUGUGGUGUUUGUGGCCCUUGGCACAUCUGUACCAGACACCUUCGCCAGCAAGGUGGCAGCCAUCCAGGACCAGUAUGCUGAUGCCUCCAUUGGCAACGUGACAGGGAGCAAUGCCGUCAACGUCUUCCUGGGCAUCGGCGUGGCGUGGACCAUCGCCGCUGUAUACUGGCGCACCAAGGGCAAAGUGUUUCGGGUGCCCCCCGGUUCUCUCGCCUUCUCCGUCACACUCUUCACCAUCCUGGCCGUGGUGUCCGUCCUGGUGCUGCUGUACCGUCGGCGUCCGGGGGUCUCCGGGGGAGAGCUGGGGGGGCCGCGGACCGCGAAGAUGCUCACUUUCUUCCUCUUCCUCUCUCUUUGGCUCAUUUACAUCCUGCUGGCCUCCAUGGAAGCUUACUGCCAUGUCCCUGGUUUCUGA